GUGUGGAUGUUGGUUAGGGACUUGUUAUUAACCAAGCAAAUUGAUAAAACAGAAAUAGCGAGUGGCUGGAAGACACUAUGUUGUGUGGCACCACUCAGUGUUCAGACAGUGAGAAAUUACUCUGAGUAGUCACGGCAAAUAAACAGGAGUAGAAAGCUGUAUUGUUAGAAAUGGAAAUGUGCCCUGUGCCAGGUAUUCAUCCGGGGAGCCAAACAGCUGAGGUUUUUCUUCUUCCCCAUAAUCCACUUGACUUCAGCUUUUGUUUUUUGGCAGUUCAUCCUUGUGAUGUCGUCCCUUUCCCUCACCGCUUCUUCACAUCAUGUUUCAACAGAUCUGGUGGCUGGAUCCAGAACUGACGUAUGGCAAUGCCAAGCCAUUUGUCUUCACGCAGGGCCACUCAGUGUGUAACCGGUCUUUCUUCCCCUGCUUUGACACACCAGCAGUGAAAUGUACCUAUUCAGCUACUGUCAAGGCUCCAGCAGGCAUACAGGUGUUGAUGAGUGCCACCCAAAGUACCUAUUUAGAAGAGGAAGGUGUCUAUCAAUUUUACAUGGAAUAUCCAGUUCCUGCCUACCUAGUGGCCCUGGUGGCAGGAGACCUUAUACAUGCAGACAUAGGUCCAAGGAGCAGAGUGUGGGCAGAGCCUUGCCUGCUGCCAACAGCCAUCAGCAAGCUUUCUGGCAUGGUUGAGCGCUGGUUGACUGCUGCAGAGAGUCUGUAUGGCCCAUAUAUAUGGGGAAGAUAUGACAUUGUUUUUCUUCCUCCAUCCUUCCCUAUUGUUGCCAUGGAAAACCCAUGUCUGACCUUCAUCAUCUCUUCCAUUCUGGAGAGCGAUGAGUUUUUGAUCAUUGACGUCAUUCAUGAAGUUGCCCACAGCUGGUUUGGAAACGCAGUCACCAAUGCUACAUGGGAGGAGAUGUGGCUGAGCGAGGGGCUAGCUACAUAUGCACAGCGCCGGAUCACCACUGAGACCUAUGGAGCUGCCUUCACAUGUUUGGAGACUGCAUUCCGCCUUGAUGCUCUCCACAGGCAGAUGAAGCUCCUUGGAGAAGACAACCCGGUCAGCAAGCUUCAGGUUAAACUGGAGCCAGGUGUAAAUCCUAGUAAUUUAAUGAACCUCUUCACCUAUGAGAAAGGCUACUGCUUCGUUUACUACCUGUCCCAGCUCUGUGGUGACCCAAGACAUUUUGACUCCUUCCUAAGAGCCUACAUUGAGAAGUACAAAUUUACCAGCGUUGUGGCUCAAGAUCUUCUGGAUUCCUUCCUGAAUUUUUUUCCAGAGCUGAAAGAGCAAUGUGUUGAGAGCAAAGCAGGACUGGAGUUUGAACGUUGGCUCAAUGCUACAGGACCUCCGUUAGCUGAGCCAGACUUAUCUCAGGGAUCCAGUCUGACCAGACCAGUGGAGACGCUCUUCAAACUCUGGACCACAGAGCCUCUGGACUCUCUUGCUGCUGCCAGCAGUGCUGACCUCACUAAAUGGAGAACGUUCCAAACCGUGCUUUUCUUGGACAGAUUGUUGGAUGGGUCACCACUGCCACAUGAGGUGAUAAAAAAGCUUUCGGAAUGUUACUCCUCUCAGCUGGACUCCAUGAAUGCAGAAAUCCGUAUCCGCUGGUUGCAGAUUGUAGUCCGAAAUGAUUAUUAUCCAGACCUUUACAAAGUCCGUCGCUUCUUGGAAAACCAGAUGUCUCGGAUGUACACAAUUCCACUUUAUGAGGACCUUUGCACUGGCACCCUCAAGUCUUUUGCCUUAGAAAUUUUUUACCAGACCCAAAACCAGCUGCACCCCAAUUUGCGGAAAACCAUCCAACAGAUCUUAUCACAGGGCUUGAAUCCACUUCCUGCCAUAGACACUACAGCAGUCACUACAGAAACACCAGCAAUGGUGCUUGAGGACAAAGUCUCAGAGGCCACAAAUGGUGCCAUUUCACUCAGGGAUGUUAAUGUGUCUGCUUAGAUCACCAGCUCAUGCCAGCCAUGAAGGUUGAAAAUGGGGACAGGAACAGAGGAAAGAUACCAAGUGUCGCCUCCUUUCCCUCAGCCCUGCAGCUGCAGUGUGUUGUUGUAACUGGAUUUCUCUCCCAAAACACAAAGCAAAUGUGCCUUCAAGUAUCCAGCGUGUGACACUGCCAGGUUUCAGAGAUCUCCUUCAGCUGUGGGAUGGAUAUUUUGAUUCGGUUUAUACUGGGCAGGGACUCCUGGGCAGUUGCUUCUCCAUGGAAAGUGGUGGAUAGUUCCCUUUCCUGAGGCUCUUCUGGAUGGUUUCUCCAAGUUUGUUGGUUGGUGGUUUGGGGUUUUUUUCUUUUUUUCUUUUUUUGUCUGAGGCCACUGAGGCAUGUCCUACUUGCUCUGUGUAUGUUGCUGGGGAGUGUAUAUGUGUCAAGCUGCCAUUAUCCUGAUACUUGGGCUGAAGUUCUGCAAAGGAGAGACUCAGGAAUUGUCAGUGGCAGCAAACAUGUUUUCAUGUUAUGCUCCUUACUGUGACAGAGGUAUUGUGAAUUGGGAGGUAGGGGACUAAUGCUUAAAUAAUUAAGAAACUAAUUUUAAAUAGCUCCUGUUCUGCCCUGCCCCCAGGUGGCUAAAUAUUAAUAAUAAUAAUGCUUUUUUUAUAUAUAUAUAUAAGUAUAUAUAUAAAAGAGCAGGGAAACCUUAUGAUGGAUUUGAAAUCCUUCUGUAGUUAACCCUACCCUCUCAGUUUUCCCUUUGCACUCAAUGGGACAAGCAAUAAAGAAAUGUGUAGGCUCGAAUUUUCAAAAAAGUUAAAUUUAGGUGCCCAAAUGCCAUCAAUUCUGGUACUAGCUGGAUGCCUAAAUCUUUUUAACUGUUUUGACAAGUCUAGCUGCAACCUUUGUUAGUGUGUUAGGAUGUGUAGCACGUGCGUUUGUCAGAUGCACUGUGUCUCUUCUAUUCUGUCCUUUUGGAAGAAUUAACAGGACCUUUAAUUUAAUUUUUUUUAAAAGAUCCCCAGCAUAUGUUUGGCCUGUAAGUCAACCAUGGAGAUAUCCAUGCUAAAAUUUUACUGCCUUGAAUAACGUUUGCCUGAAUAACAGUUGCCCUGUCAUAUGAUAGUCUGAGGGAAGCACCCUCUUUCUUGAUGUGAAACUUUUAAACCCCGCUUUACCCAUGUCUGUUUUCUGACUUGUGGUGGUGGUGGUAAGAUGCCAUUUCAUUUACACAGCAUGCUAUUUCUCUUGAUCACUGGCCAGGCAUGCAAGAUGGGGAGACGCCCUCUUCCGUCUGCGCCGCUUGGUCUCGGGAAGCUGAGGGCAAAGCAUCGUUGGGUAUUACAGAGUACAGGUGAUGGUUCUUAGACUCUGUGCCGCAUUCUUUUUAAUGUGUGGGUACCUGUGUGCCUCUUGGUGAGCUCCCAGGAAGCAUCUCUGAGCUGAUGUAUCACCAGGAUGGAGGACUAGUUUGAGUAAAAGGUGAAACAUUUGGAAGGGGUUCAGCUAAAGGAGAUGUGAGAGAGAAUCUGCUAUAUACUUCGGGGCAAAUUUUAGCCCUGCUAUGGGGAUCUACAUAGCACAGGAAGAGGGGAAAUUCGGGAGGUUUUUUUUUUCACCAAAAGAAUCUGUUUACACCCAUGUGUGGAUGGGGACUUAGGUGCUGUUACUGGAUCUGCAUUUUCUGGCUUUAAAUUAAUUUGGACUUCACUGUAGCCUUAGCCUGGGCUGAACUGGGAUAAAGCAAUAAUAAACUCAGGCCUUCCUAGUGCUUCAUUAGUUUUCAAAAUGGGCCAUCGGCAUUGUUGGGCUUCAGAACUCCAAGCUCUGCUCUUUGCUCCUUGAAUGGGAUUAUCUUUUUCGUUCUGUUUUGUUUUCCCAGAAAGGAAGGAGAAUGACGUUUUCUGCACAAAUCUCUUUCCUUUUUAUUUGUUGUUCUAUUGAAAGAGAUUUGUGCAAGUUGACUUUCCACUUCCUGACUUGCCGCUGUUGGUGCUGCAUCUUCUGGACCCCACUGCCAGCAGCGGCAGCCUGGCCAAGACCAGUAACCACUAGCAUCUUUUGGAAUCCCAGGCCUCUGUUUUAACACGUUUUAUUUUUGUGGGAGAAUGUAUGUGACCCUGGUGGGAAAUUUUAAUUUACAUGGAUGCCUUAAUGAUUGUCAAAUUAAACUAAGCUUUGUGACAAGUGUAGCCUUUUGGGCUGUUUUUCAGCGUUCCUGCUAUAGAUGUGUGGAAGAGCUAACUUGGUACAUUGUCUUUGUUUUGUCCUUUUCUGGAGUGGAGCAUAGAGGGAGUUUGGAAGCUAUUGAAAAGGUGCACAGCAAGAAGUUGGAGAGGUGGCAAAAGCAAAUAAUCAAAAGUAAAUAUUACCUAUUGUUACUACAACUGACUGAAAUACAUCAGAUCAGCUGUGUAUUUGCAUAUACAUGCAUCAGAGCAGGGAAAUGCUGGCUGAACCUAACAGACUGUUUCCUGAUUAAAGAACACGAGAU